GUGGCGCUCAGCACUGUGUGCUAAUAGGCAGAGGGCAUGUAAAAGCCACAAGUCACACACUGGCUGGCGAACAGAAGAUUUAGGGCUUUGCAUUCCACAGCAGAAUGAAACCGAUGAGCGUCAGGCAGAGGGAGGUGCUGAGCUGAGCAUACUGAGUCACUGCUACACACACUGCCUCAGCUCACUACUAAGGGGGCUUUCCUGGGGGUUCGCAGAGGAUAUUCUAUGAAAUUGCAGGAGGGGAGUUACAGAACAGGCUACACAGGGGCCUCAUCUGCAGCAAAUACCAAUAAAUCUGGCACCUAAACCCUGGAUUUACUUAGGCACAUGAGCAGAAGUGAAGACUUGUAGCCUCAUGCCUGGGGAAACGUAAACUUCACUUCAUACACCCAGCAAUAAGUGGAUUUUUACUACACUGUUUAACUUUUCAUUGAAAAAAAGGAGUUACCAGACCUGCAGGAAAGCUGCACUUAGAAGAGAAUAAAAAUAUAACUUUUUAUUCAGGAUUGCAUUAUCAAGAAAUCAUUCGCCUGCUGGAGUGGCAGUAAAGAAAAUAACAAAUUCCUUCUGAUCAACAUAAAUCAUGACCUUGAAAAUCAGGACGGCCAGUCUGGGAUAUACCUUCCUCUGUCUGAUGGUUGUCUGUCUGAGCACAGGACUUGAACAGUUUAAGCAUAGGACACCUCGACAAGCCUUGGAAGAUGGAACUUCAGGUGCUAAAAUAUUGGGAACAUGGAGUUCCUGGGGAUCAUGGUCUGUCUGCUCUCAGACCUGUGGUUUAGGAGUUAUAGAGAGAAGCCGGACUUGCUUGUCUCCAUAUCAACAAGUUCCUUGGGUUCCAGGAGCAGAAGCAGCUCCUCCACUUAUUCAGAGUCACUCACAGGUUCCAUUUCAUGAUGAAAGGACCAACUUAUAUAACUUUGGGGCAGCAAGGCCAGCCUAUCCCCUUCAUACAGAUAGUGACAUUGCAGCUCCUCUUAUUGUCCCUUCUGUUCCAAGAAAUCCAUCUUCUGUUCAGUAUAAUCCAUUCAACCGUCAUACACGCCAAGAGACACUUCCCUCAGGAUCACAGUACCACAAGCGGGAUCACACAUCUAAUCAGAGAUUGCCAUCAAACCGUGGAAGGUCAAGAGCACCGUUACCAGAGGCAGCACAAGUAAGAACACCCUAUGGACAGGAUGGACUUUAUGCACCAGAAGCGAUUUCCAAUCACCGGAAACCUCAAGUAGAUGCUCAUCCAACCUUCAACAGGAAGAACAUCUCCAGACAGGCUGACUCUUCUCCACCCUGGCCAUUCUUUCCAGAUUCUAUACCUCUUUUAAAACCUGAGAACUGGGAAGAACAAAAUCUAGGACGGGUUUCCCCAACCAAGGAAUCUCGCUUCUCUAGAAGAUCUCGGGUUCGAAAUUCAAUUAAACCAGGUAAAUAUGGCUAUGGGAAGUUACCCUUUGCUUUGCCAUUGCAUAAAGACAAGGAGGAAUCACAACGUUUCAAGAGACAUCACAGUCUUCAAGUUGAUGAAACUUUAGUCUCAGCUUGGAGUGAGAAAGGAACAGACUUGAAGCCAACUCAGGCCACAAGAGCAGAAGACCAGGAACGUCACCAUAAAAGGCCUCAAGACCAGACCUCAGAUCUUCUCACAGAGAAUUCAAAUAAAAAAAUCAAUAUAGGAGAACGUGUUUUUCAUCAACUACCUCACAGGACCCAGACACCUAUUUUAUCUCACCAUCCUGAAAAGUUGGAGAACAUUUCCAUGUUAUUGCGGCUUGGUGGUUCUCAACAAAAACCUCUUGAAGGAGAAUCAUCAGAGAAUGGUUAUUAUGUUGACACCACUUUAAAGGAGGUUAUUGAUUCUGAUCCUGUUUACUAUAAUGGUUUUGGCAAAAAUAGAAAGGCAACUGUACUCCAACAACCUUCAUUGAGUAACGUCUUUCCAUUUACGUCAAAGAAAACCGUUAUUAGCCAUCAGACAUAUCUGAGUACAAAAGCACUGUCAACACAGACUAGAGAUAUAAAUAGGUCUGAGAAAACUACUGACUAUAAAUUUCCUGUGGAAAGUGUUACUGCUAUGACAGAACGAGAAAAUAUUAUUUCAGUACCAGAAGGCCAUCCAUUAAAAGAAAAGAAACAGGAAGUUAUAAAGAUGCAACAAAUUAAGACGGGUGGCACAGUAAAACCAAUGCAAACUAGACCUGUAGUAAAAAGACUGAGAGUAUUGACCAAGAGCUCUGCCUCUGAUUACCAGCAGAACAAAAAUGAGAAUGAAAGGAGUAGAGACAAAACCAUACAGAGAUUCAUACAUGUGGAGCAGUUAGCACCAUCAAAGACACCGCUGAAAAGUUCUGAAGUCACCAGCAGUGAACUGACACAGGAUGAGAAAGAAAGCUCUCCUUAUCAGCUCCAUGAUGAGAGUGAUAUUUCAAACCUACCUAGAUCCCGCAGACAGAGUCCAAAUAUAUAUAACACAGACAGUGGAAGGGUCUUUCAGAGUCUUUUCAGAGAGCCUCCUUCAGUCCAUAGAUCAUCCCAUGCAGAAACUUGGCCCUCAUAUGGAGCAAAUUCAGAGGUAUCCUUUGACGACGGGCAAGGACCAAGGCCAGGACCACAUCAAAGUUCUGACCUUCCACAAUGGAAUCUCUAUAAUACAGGAACUGAGGACUUUCACUGUGUGGGAGAACAGAAACAGUACAAGUCAUGCAACAUGGAGCCAUGUCCUGACAGCCAGCCUGAUGCCAGAGCCCUUCAAUGUGCCACCUUUAACAGCCAAGAGUUCAUGGGCCGGCUGUACCAAUGGGAAGCAUUUACAGAAGUACGAGGCAACCAGAGAUGUGAACUUAACUGCCGUCCAAUUGGAUAUCGCUUUUAUGUCAGGCACACAGAGAAAGUCCAAGAUGGCACACCUUGUGAAGCAGGAUCUUUUGAUGUCUGUGUUGAUGGCCAGUGCUUGAGCCCAGGGUGUGAUGGGAUUCUAGGAUCCAACAGCACAUUAGAUAUCUGUGGGGUGUGUGGUGGGAACAACUCAACCUGCAAGUUCGUCAGUGGGACCUUUAAUGAGACCAGUGUUCCUAUUGGCUAUCACAAAAUCCUGGAGAUCCCAAAAGGAGCCACUCAUAUUAAUGUGACAGAGCUCACUCGAAGUCCCAACUACCUUGCUUUGAGAAGCCGCUCUGGGAAAUCAGUCAUUAAUGGUAACUGGGCUGUGGACCCACCUGGAAGAUAUGAGGCUGGAGGGACAGUGUUUAUCUACACACGCCCAGGACGGGAGGAGAAGGGUGGGGAAACCUUCACUGCUGCUGGUCCUACUACGGAAGCUUUGGAUGUAUACAUGAUAUUCCAGCAAGAUAACCCAGGGGUCUCGUUCCAGUUUUUCCUGUCUUCCCCAACAGCCUCCAGUCACCACAAUCCAUCACCCAGCCAGGCACGGCAGGAGUACGGAGCUCUUAGGGCAAUGUCUUCCAAUGAGCCUCAGCAACAUACAGUAUCCCGAGGUUAUGCUCUAGAAGACCGAAACCCUGUACCACCUCCCCAAAUAAGAACGCCCCCAGUUAGACCAGCUGGUACCCUACAACGUAACAUCCGGAUACCCCCAAUCCCUGCUCCCCCAGUCCAUUACUGGCCAGAGCAGCCACAAUUUUUUUGGAAAAGAGUGGGGAACACAAUGUGCUCUGUAACUUGUGGGAAAGGCUUCUGGUACCCCAUUUAUCAAUGUGUCUCAAGAAGCUCUCUAGAGGAGGUCAGUGAAGAUGAGUGUGAUACGACUAACAAGCCAUUUCCCCAGGAAGAAGCCUGCAACACUCAGCCCUGCCCAGCCUUCUGGGACGUAGGUAACUGGUCAGUGUGCAGUAGGACUUGUGGUAACGGGAUACAACAUCGCCAGGUGCUGUGCCGACAAAUGUAUGCCAACCGUACCACCAUGGUGCAUCCACAGAGGUGUGGCAGCCUGGUAAAACCCAACGUCACCCAGACUUGCCAACUUCGCAUCUGCAGCAACUGGGAGAUCCAGACUAACUGGACCACGUGCUCCGUCAUGUGCGGCCUUGGACAAAGAACCCGCCAUGUGAGAUGCAUCAGCAAUCAUGGUGAUAUUGUGGGUGAGGUCGAGUGCAGCAAUCGUAUGCGCCCUAGAACAAAUGAGGUCUGCGACAUGGGCCCUUGUGUCCGAAGCUGGUUCCACAAUGACUGGAGCUCCAAGUGUUCUGCAGAAUGUGGAACAGGAAUCCAAAGGCGCUCGGUUAUCUGCCUCUCAAGUUCAGCGACUGAUGAAUCCCAAAACAGCUGCAUGGGUACUAAGCCCUCUGACAUGCGUGUGUGUAACAGCGGUGCUUGCGAGCGCACCGUGGGGUGGUACGCGGGGCCUUGGUCUGAGUGCUCAGCAGACUGUGAAGAAGGAUCUCAGAGACGUGAUGUGAUCUGUGUGAGCAAGCUGGGAGCAGAUUUUAAUGUGACCGACCAAUCAGAGUGCUCCCAUCUUGAGAAGCCACCUUCUCUACAGACAUGCAAUGCGGGGCCAUGUGGUGCUCGUUGGUUCACCACACCAUGGAGUGCUUGCUCAAAGUCUUGUCUCGGUGGUGUUCAGAUGAGAGAAGUGAGGUGUAUGGCUUCUGACAAGAGCAUCAGUCAACUGUGUGACCUGGACUCCAAACCGGAUGAGAAGAGAGUGUGCAACACACAACCUUGCUCCAGUGCACUAGAUGAAAACUGCAGGGACAGAUAUCACAACUGUGCAGUUGUUGUACAAGCUCGCCUUUGUGUCUACACCUACUACAAACAGGCCUGUUGUUCAUCGUGCACUCUCUCUCUGGCACGCUCCCGAGCAUCUGAAAGCAGAUAACAAUUUCGGACAUGUUUCUCCAGUACCUUUUCCUUCUGCCUCACCAGAUUCUAUAUAUAAUAUUAUACUCAGAAGAGAUCAUAUUUAUUAAUCUCUUUGAUGUUGGCUGGACGUAUAACGCUUCGUCAUGUUGCACGUCCUUCCUUCAGCGGAGAGGCCUAAGACACAAAUGGAUAUUUCCUUUUAACAUUGGUCUAAUGGCCACAGGGGAAAGACUGCUUUUCCGAAUCCAUUAUGGUGCUACAUAACAGAGCAUAUAAAUGCCUUACUGUUCCACUGCAACUGUGAUAAAUAUAUAUAUGUGCAACAGAUCAAAUCAUGACAUUUACCUGUAUUGUUUCACAGGGAUUGUGUUUAGUAAACCUCACCAAAGAACUCCAGGAUGAAAAGAUUUCCAAUGGAAAUAACCAAGUUUAUUUCGCAAUAUGACGCAAACCCAUUAGCUACAUAAAAGCACUGCAUAGCAGUGUAUUUGACACAUAAAAGGUUAACCAGAAAUACAUUGGUGGUUUUAAAUUGACUUCCCAAUAUAACAUUUCUGGGGACCAAAAAUUUUAGAUAUGUGAUGAAUAAAAUGUGUUUGUUUUUUUCAUCAUAGUGUUUUACUUUGGUGAUGUAUUCAGAUCUGUAUGGCUGUAAUUAAUUCAUUUAGGAUUUCAGAAAAAAACAAAGGGCAUGACUCUCAAAAAACUUUACAGCUUAGAGAGAAAUAAUCUUGCAGACCCGCAGGGGCAGGACUCACUGAUUUCUCUAAGAAAAAGGGAGGAACCUGCAUCCUAACAAACGGAUUGAUAGCACAAUCAUAAUUUGUAAAAUCACAAUUGUAAAUAAACUGCUGUAUACAAAAUCUGAAUUUGCACAUUAUUUAAGUGCAAAUCGUUAAAUGUAAUAAAACUUAAUGGACAAAAUCUAAAAGUCUACCACAAAUUAAAAUUAUGAUGCACAAAGUGUAAAUGUAACAAAACGCGUUAUGCAGUGCCAUAUUGUACUGUGCUUGUAACUCCUUAACAUCCAAAAAUACAGCAAGCUCCCUUUAGAGAGAUUUACUUGUAGUUUUCAAGGAUUGAUACAAAAUUGAGAAAGUUCUUCACAUUUUACUACGUCAGGGAUUAAUAAUCUUUUUACUAGAAGACACAGAAACAAGAUCAUUCAGUGUCAGUGUAGUAGUAUUGAUUUUAUUAAGCAUAUGGAUAUAUAUUUAUUUUAAGUGUUUGUUCUGUUGGGAUCAAUAAUUAUUUGGACUCAUGAUUUACACUUUUGUACUGUUCAGCUACAUUUUAUUCAGCAUAAAAAACGGCUGCGCUGUUGCAAUCUUACUAAACUAGCAAAGGGCCUACAUUUCAAAAUGUAUCUUGCCUAAAAGACUCUGGUUAAAUAAUAAAUUGCACUUAAAGGGACUUUCUGAUGCAAAAAAUGACAAUUUGUUGAAGGGACAGUAAAGUCAAAAUUAAACUUUGAUGAUUCAUAUGAAGCAUUUAAUUUUAAGCAACUUCCCAAUUUUCUUCUAUCUAAUUUGCUUUGUUUCUUUUUGUAUCCUUUAUUGAAAAGCAUAACUAGGUAGGCCAGAAGCAGCACUGCACUGCUGAGAGCUAGUAGCUGAUUGGAGGCUGCACAUAUAUGCCUUUUGUCAUUGGCUAAUCUGAUGUGUUCAGCUAGCUAGUGCAUUGCUUCGCCUUCAUCAAAGGAUAGAAAGAGAAUAAGGUACAUUUAACAAUAGAAGUAAUUAUAACGUUGUUUAAAAUAGUAUGCUCAGUCUGAAUCGUGAAAGAAAAAUGUUGGAUUCCAUUCCCCUUUAACACAUUUCAACUUGUAAUUAUUGCAUCAGAAUAUUUAUUUAAACACUCUAUAAACAUUUUAUAGAUUAUGUUUAAAAAUAAAAAAGAUUAUACAUUUUCUGAUAAUGUCAGUGCAUUUAAUUUUUAGCAAAAAAAUGUAGGUUCGAUAUCUACAAGGUUAUCGAUUCCAUCAGAUUAAGAACUCAACAAGGUUGACGUUAUUUUAACCAGUUUUAUUAUGUAUUUACAUAUAUUUACAUAUAAAUCUUUACAUGCACACAUAUAUCCAGUCACUAAAACUGAAAUGAGACUGACCAUCCUAAUACACAAUAUUUAGUUUUAUAAGCGAGAAACAGCACUAGCGAGAAACUCAAAUGACCUUGCACCUCAAGCGAUCACAUAUGAGAUAGCGGUUUGCCCCUAUAUAAAUAGGAGGGUAUAUUAACCCAAAAUAUGAAAGAUAUCUUGUAUUGGGGUGUCAGUUUAAUUCUAACUUAAUUAUGUGAAUAUAUAUAUUAUAUAUAUAUAUAUAUAUAUACACAUUGCCUUUUUAUGUAGUAAAUUAUGUAAUAUUGCUAUUGCUCUAAGUAGAGAACAGUGUUAAACUCAGGUCAAUGUAUAUUAGAAUGAAUGUCCUAGAAAUGAAUGGGUUAUCUCUUUCACACAAAGUAUUUGAUGCAUUAUCUGUGUUGUACCCUAAUUAAGUAAUGCAUUAGCCCACUUAUAGACACAUCACAUCCAUCCUAACCAGAAAUCAUCUGAUGCUUAUAGCAAGCACUAUUGUGUGCAGAGUAAUCUAAGUAAAGUAGCACAACCUAGUGGUAGUAUACAGAAAUGCACCCUAUGCACCGUUAAGAGGAAAAUGUAAAUACGAUACACUGCACUGUACAACAUUGUUUAUUCAUAUCUGAGGUCAUUUGCUGUUACAUUUAAAAGGCUAUAUUUAAAGUUAUAUUUGCUUAUAUGACUAGUUGGACAUUUACUCGUUUGUUUUCUGUGACAUUUCAAUGUGUUCACUGUAUCAGCAUAUAUUUAUGCCACAAACCCUUGUUUAAAAGUUUACUGUGCAGUAUAUUAUGUCUGAAAGUGUAUAUAACUCUUUAUCAAAAAAAGACAUUCAAAUAUGUAACAGAAAGCACAGGAAGGCUUCAUUUUUAAAUCCCCAAGCAAUUAGAAUGCACAGUUCUAAUCCGCAUUUUUAUUGAAAACCGUGAUAAAAAUUGAUGGUCUACAAAUUAUAGAAGGAGUAACAUGGAACUACAUAUUGCAAAUACUUUCACCUUUAAAAUGACACUAUACUCAAAAUCUAUCACCUAUAUAAAAGAAAGUCAUUAAAGGGACAUUAAACACUAAAUACAUGCUAGAUUGAAUAAUCAUUCAAAGAAAAGAUUAGUCCAUGACUAACAUGUAGAUGUAUUUUUUAAAGUUUCAUCAGUUGUUUAAAAAGUGACAAAAAAGUGUAAAGUUUUAGUGUCUAUAAAACACUGGGAGCUGCCAUGUUGUAACUUGUGUUACCUUCUCUGCUGUGGCCAAUUAGGGUCAGUUAUAAAUAGGUCACUAGAGUGUGCAGCCAAUGGUUGUGCUGGAUUUAACAGUGUUCUGCACUUCCAUUUCUAACAGGAUCUGGAAAGCUCACAAUUUCAGAAUGGAAUUACAGGCAAAUAGGACAAAAUAAAUAAUGAAAGUAUAUUGCAGAGUUGUUUUAUUAUAUACAAUUUAUCAUUUUAUAUUACCAUCUCAAAGUGUUUAAUGUCCCUUUAAACAUGUUGGAAAUAUAGUGUCCGAAAAUAUGUGAAAUGAAAGCUGUUAAAAUUCAAAUAGAAUCUAAUACAGCAAUAUUAGUCAUGUACUUUCAAUUAAUGCUCAUUGGCUUUAAGAUUCUUACUACUGAUGCUCAUUGGCCGAUAGAGAAUUGAACAUUAGAAAGGAGUUUCUAUCAACCAAUGAGAAUUAGCAUGAUAUACACAACUGAUACUGAUGUAUACGUUUCAGAUUCAAUUUAAACAGCUUUUACUUAAUUUAAAAAAAUCAACCUGAUUAAAUGCUACAUAAAUUGAUGGGGGUUUUUUUUUAGUACAAUGUCCAUUUAAAUAUGCAGAAUCAAUAUUUCUAAUAACAUUUAGUGGGGCCAAUCGAUAACUGUACAGAAGUAUUGAAUGUGCACAAAAUAUAUUCAAUGCAAAUUGUAAAGAAUAGAGGCAGGUUAAUGCAAUACUUUUUUUUAUGUUUAGUGCCUUUUUGUAAAUGUAUGAUUAAGACGUUCGGUGUUACAUUUACCUUUAACUAAAGCGGCCGUUGAGGAUACAGCAAUGUCCAUUUUAAGGGGUCUACUAGAACAGUAAAUUGUAUUGGUUCAUCAGUUACAUCGUCUAUAAAUCUACCAAUAAGCUCCACCAAGCUGAGACAAGCAAUCUCAAUACAGUUCAGAUUAUCAGAAGGGGAAUUUGAUGCUGGAUCACAAGGCUAGUUGGAAUUUACCAUGUGCACAAAUGAGCAACUGAUAUCCAUGGACAGUUAUGUGUUUAUUAAGAUUUUAUAUAAUAUAGGAAUUUAUUUUUUUAAUAUAACAGAUUUGAACCUCCCUCCCCACUUCAAAUCAGUAUUGAAAAUAAUUUGUGCUAUGUUGUAUCCAAAGGAAAAAAUUAUCAGGGCUAUUUGACUCUAUUUUCAUAAAUCCUUUCUAUUCCCGCUGUUUUAUAUCUAUUUGGUUUCCUUGUAAAUCUUAAUUUAUUUUUUAAGAAUUAAAAUUUUAUGUUUUUUUGUUUUGUUAAGAGAUUGUAAAAAAAUAUUAAACUUUUUAUUUGAAUAGGAA